ACCUGUGUAAUGACGAGUCUGUCUAGCCAUUUAUUUGUCGUGCUUGUGAGUUUGUGACUGUGAGUUGCAAAUGGUGGUCGAACUGUCAUUAUUGCAUCUAUUAACAUCAGAUCAUAAUGUAUAAAGCUCGGGCAGUAUUUAGUUCCCUCACACCCUUGGCUCCACGUGUCUGCGGGGGUGAAAGAUUCGCAUCAUGGUUAGUUCGUUAUAGUCCAACAGUUCGUACACCACAAAGUAUUGCAACCGUUGAACCAACACGAAAAUUUGCUAGCAAAGUUGCAACCGAACCAUUCCUCAAUGGAAGUUCUAGCUCGUAUGUUGAGGAAAUGUACAACGCAUGGCUUCAAGAUCCAAGCAGUGUCCACGUGUCAUGGGAUUCUUUCUUUCGGAAUAGUACUGCUGGAGCAGCUCCUGGAUUUGCUUAUCAAGCACCACCAUCAUUAGCACCGAGUUACAAUCAGGUGCCACUUGGAUCUCUCUUACCUGCACUAGGAGGAAGCUCUCAAAUCGGUCAAGUACCUGUUAAUGAAAAAAUUAUUGAUGAUCAUUUGGCUGUUCAAGCUAUCAUUCGAUCUUAUCAGAUCCGAGGGCAUCAUAUCGCCAAAUUGGAUCCACUUGGAAUCAACAGUGCUGAUCUUGAUGAUAAACAUCCCCAAGAGUUACUGUACUCUUAUUAUUCAUUUGGAAAGAAUCCUCGCACCACUUACUCUCAAGACCUACAAUAUCGAGUAGCUGCACUUAUGAAAAAGGAAACGGAUAUGGACCGUGUAUUUAAACUUCCAUCAACAACAUUUAUUGGUGGUAAAGAUAAAUCUUUGCCACUUCGUGAAAUAUUAAAACGCCUUGAGACUGCAUACUGCCGGCAUAUUGGUGUAGAAUUUAUGUUCAUUAAUUCUUUGGAACAGUGCAACUGGAUUCGUCAAAAAAUGGAGACUCCAGGCAUUAUGGAAAUUAAUAAUGAUGAGAAACGUUUGAUUUUAGCUCGUCUUACUCGUGCAACUGGUUUUGAAGCUUUCUUAGCACGUAAAUGGUCAUCAGAGAAAAGAUUCGGUUUAGAAGGUUGCGAAAUUCUUAUCCCUGCAAUGAAACAAGUUAUCGAUAAAUCAACUGAAUUGGGAGUUGAGUCAAUUGUGAUGGGAAUGCCGCAUCGUGGUCGUUUGAAUGUAUUAGCGAACGUUUGUCGUAAACCACUUAAUCAAAUAUUCACUCAAUUCGCUGCAUUAGAAGCAGCCGAUGACGGUUCCGGUGAUGUCAAGUAUCAUCUGGGAACUUACAUUGAACGUUUAAAUCGUGUAACAAAUAAGAAUAUCCGUCUUGCUGUUGUUGCUAAUCCAUCUCAUUUGGAAGCUGUUGAUCCUGUUGUCCAAGGAAAAACGCGUGCCGAGCAAUUUUAUCGUGGGGACGGAGAAGGCAAAAAAGUCAUGUCUAUACUUUUGCACGGUGACGCAGCUUUCUGUGGCCAAGGUGUUGUCUUUGAAACAAUGCACUUAUCAGAUUUACCAGACUACACAACACACGGUACAAUCCAUAUUGUUGUUAAUAAUCAAAUCGGUUUUACAACUGAUCCACGACACUCGCGAUCAUCACCUUACUGUACUGAUGUUGCUCGUGUUGUCAAUGCUCCGAUUUUCCAUGUUAAUUCGGAUGAUCCAGAAGCAGUAAUGCAUGUAUGUAAAGUAGCAGCUGAAUGGCGUUCAACAUUCCACAAAGAUGUUGUUAUUGAUAUUGUUUGUUACCGUCGUAAUGGACAUAACGAAAUUGACGAACCCAUGUUCACCCAACCGCUUAUGUACCGUAAAAUAAAAAAUACUCCACCCGGAUUGGAUAUUUAUUCAAAGAAGCUGAUAGACGAAGGCGUUGUAACUCCAGAAGAAGUUAAGGAUGUUAAAGAAAAAUAUGAAAAAAUUUGUGAAGAAGCUUACAGUAAUGCACGUCAAGAAACCCAUAUUAAAUAUAAAGAUUGGCUUGACUCUCCAUGGUCUGGAUUUUUUGAGGGUAAAGAUCCAUUAAAAGUAUCUCCAACUGGAAUUAAAGAAGACACCCUUAUUCACAUUGGUAAAAAGGCAUCAUCACCACCACCAAAUGCCGCAGAAUUUGUUAUUCACAAAGGUAUCGAGCGAAUUCUUAAAGCACGUAUGGAGAUGAUUGAAUCUAGACAAGUUGACUGGGCUUUAGGUGAAUGUAUGGCAUUUGGUUCAUUGUUGAAAGAAGGUAUUCACGUGAGAUUGUCUGGUCAAGAUGUAGAAAGAGGUACUUUCUCUCAUCGGCAUCAUGUACUUCAUCAUCAAACUGUGGACAAAGCUACUUACCGUCCUCUCUGUUAUUUGUAUCCUGAUCAAGCACCUUACACAGUCUGCAACAGUUCGUUAUCUGAAUUUGGAGUACUUGGAUUUGAAUUGGGUUACUCAAUGACCAAUCCAAAUGCUCUUGUUUGCUGGGAAGCACAAUUCGGUGACUUCAAUAACACUGCUCAAUGUAUUAUUGAUCAAUUCAUCAGCAGUGGUCAAGCUAAAUGGGUACGUCAAUCUGGUAUUGUUAUGCUUUUACCUCAUGGUCUUGAAGGGAUGGGACCUGAACACUCGAGUGCACGUCUUGAACGUUUCUUACAAAUGUCUGCUGAUGAUCCUGAUUACUUCCCACCUGAAAGUGAAGAAUUUGCUGUCCGACAGCUUCAUGAUAUCAAUUGGAUCGUUGUUAAUUGCAGUACUCCAGCAAACUAUUUCCACGUUUUACGCCGACAGAUUGCUUUACCUUUCCGUAAACCCUUGAUUAUUAUGACUCCUAAAUCGUUGUUACGUCAUCCUGAGGCACGAUCCAGCUUUGAUGUAAUGACAGAAGAUACUCACUUUUUGAGAAUUAUCCCAGAGGAUGGCGCUGCUGCUAAGAAUCCCAGCAGUGUUAAGAGAGUAUUAUUCUGCUCUGGUAAAGUCUUCUAUGACCUUAAAAAAGCACGAUCGGAGAGAGGAUUGGAUGAUAAAGUUGCUAUCACCAGGGUAGAACAGAUAUCGCCAUUCCCAUACGAUCUUGUGAAGCAAGAAGCAGCUAAGUAUCCAAAUGCUGAACUUGUUUGGGCACAAGAAGAAGCUAAAAAUCAAGGAGCUUGGACUUACGUUCAACCAAGAUUUUCCACAGCUCUUAAUGACACGCGUGACAUUUCUAGCGGAAGUUCGAGUAAAAGUAGUGGUGGUUGGUUAAGUGGAUUAUUUUCUUCAUCAAAAGCAUCUACGAGAUCUAAAAGUAUAACAGAAAAUCAAAGACAAAAACCUACUGAAUCAAAAUCACGUUGUGUGAGGUAUGUUGGUCGUGCAACAGCGGCUUCACCAGCUACUGGUAGUAAAAUGCAGCACCUCAAAGAACUUAAACAACUUUUUGACGAUAGUUUUAAUUUAUAAAUCAUUUUUUAGCGCUAUAGUAAUUAAAUUUCAAUAUUAUUUAUUUCUUGUCCGUAAUAUUAUCAAUCAUUCAUUAAUGUAAAUGUUAUAAAAUGAAAAUUAUUGUUGAAACUGUAGAUUUGAAUUAAUUCAGUAUCAUAUUUUUCUUGAACAUAUUAGCGUUAAGAAAAAAAAAAACAUGAUUAAAAAAUUUCUGUAAUAUUUCUAUGAAAUAAUUAAUUUUAUUUUUAACAUUUAUAUGAAUGAUCGAUUUAUUUUUUGUCAUUAAUUGACAAUUAAGUGCAAAGUUCUGUAUAUUCCGGCGUUAGUAAAUGACUUAUUUAUAAUUAGAUACACGAUUGAAUGAGUUUGUGGUAUGAAUUGUCUUAUAAAUUAAACAAAUUAUAAUCCAUCAAUAAUUCUAAAUACUCCGAAUAUUGUGAGUCGUAAUAUUUAUUACAAGAAUUGCAAGAAAAAAUAUUUACGUUUAUCAUGAAAUAACGGCUGGAAGAAUUUUAUAGAACUGAAAAAUUAAAAAAAAACUCCUAGUAGUAGACAAUGAUAAAACUAUGACUAAUUAUAAAGUUAAAUUCUUAAAUUAUUCAUACAUUAUUUUGCCAAAUAUUUUUCUCGUAAUAUAAUGUAUUAAGUAUUAUUUUAAAAAUCCAUUAUUUUAUUUUGGUGUUCUUUAUAAUUUAUUUUUUUCUAUUCACUUCUACUAGGAAAUUUAAUAAAAAAAUCUAUAUCACUAA